UCUGACAAGCAAAAUCGAUUGGGUUUGCUUUCCCUUUUAACUGUGACUUAAGGAAAAUGUCACACCCCUGUAUGGCUGCUGGGUGAAAUCUUUCAGGUGGAGCCAAGCUGUCUCCUACAAAGCAGUUUGACCCACUUUAUGCUGUGCCACACAAGGAUAUAGGGACUUAUCAACUACACCAGCUGUCAGAGAGAGCUUAAAACUUUCACAGCAUUGUUAUUGCAUUUCCAGAAACAUUUUGGUCUUUCAGCUGCACGCCGCAUGUCGUCUGUUUCAGUGCCAAAGCUGUGAGACUGGUGGGAUCUAAUGAAAACAAAGGACAUGUUCUCGCUGAAGAACAAGGGUUGACGUCAGCAUGGAGGCCAGCGACUCUGGCCAGGCCGUAACCCUGAGCGAGGAGAAACUGCAAGAUGCUAGCGAACACCGUUCACCAUGUCCAUACCUAAAAUCUCCCACAGUCCGAGCUGGUUUACCGGACCUUGACCCAGACAGACUGAAGACAGCCAAGACUUUGGUGAAUAAAGCAAUUAAGAUGCACAAGAUAUUCUCCGUCCAAGGCCCGUAUCCUGUCAUUAGGGCGGCUAUGAGGGCCAGAGGCUGGAUCGAACAGCGUAUGCAGGGUUCCAAGCAGCAGAACCAUCAGAGCAGUGAGAGCAGAACCAGCUCAAAUGAUGCCGAUGACGACAACUCAGAGGAUGGUGACAGAGAGCAGGAUCCAGAUAGACUGCAUAGUCUCAUGUCUCGUCUUGUGCGGAACGAGAUGGUUUAUUUCUACUGGACAAACCGUAGAGACGUAAUCAACUCAAACAGCUUGCAGAAAGAACAGAUUAUCAAUCAUUUUGCUAAAGCCGGCAGUUUCACCACAAAGGUGGGGUUGUGCGUAAAUUUAAGAAACCUCCACUGGUUUGACACAGCGGACGCAGACACCUUCUUCCCCCGCUGUUACAGACUUUCAGCCCAGGAUGAGAGGCAUGCUUUCAUCGAGGACUACAGGCGGACAGCGUGCACCAGCCUUCUGAAGUACGUUGUGGAGAGGGACCAGAAGAUUCAGGGCAAAGAAAUAAGUCACAUCCUUCAGGAUGUUCAAUGGCACAGGAAGCCGAACAAGCCGCGCUGUAAACCGUUGGUUUCUUCCGGAAUCAUCACCAGCGCGCUCAAAGUAUGCCAGGAGUACCUGGAAAGUCUGGAGCACAGAGACAUCGAUAAAACCCCGGAAGCGCCGCACACACUUACACAGGAGCAGUGGGCAGAGUUUAUUAACAGUUAUUAUCUCGUCGCCCAUGGCGGAGCACACAUUGAAAGAAGCGAACACUUGGUUAGCUCCUGCAAGGCCAUGCUGCAGAGGCUGGAAAAGGUCAGCCCACAGCUGGGCAUAGACGGCGCACAGAACAUCUGGAUCAUCAAACCCGGGGCAAUGUCCAGGGGCAGAGGCAUCAAAUGUGCGAAGCGUCUUGACCACAUCCUUAGGCUGGUGGACACAGAUCCAGCACUCACCAAAGAGAGCAAGUGGGUGGUGCAGAAGUACAUUGAGAAACCCCUGCUGGUCCAUGGCACCAAGUUUGAUGUGCGGCAGUGGUUCCUGGUCACUGACUGGAACCCUCUGACUGUGUGGUUCUACAAGAAGUGCUAUUUGCGCUUUUCCACCCAGCUUUACUCAUUAGAUACACUGGACAGCUCAGUGCACUUGUGCAAUAACUCCAUCCAGAAGCACCUGAGGCCGUCCCAACAGCGCCAUUGCGGCAUUCCAGCAGACAACAUGUGGCUGGAUGACCAGUUCAAGGCCUUUCUGGCCAGCCAGGGCAAGGAGGCUCUCUGGGAGACUGUUGUAGUCCCAGGAAUGAAGACAACCAUUAUCCAUGCAGUACAGACAGCGCAGGAUCUGAUGGAGUCACGCAAAAACACGUUUGAGCUCUAUGGCGCUGAUUUUAUGUUAGAUCUCAGCCUGCACCCAUGGUUAAUAGAAAUCAACGCUAGCCCCACUAUGGCACCCUCAACCUCUGUGACCGCUCAGCUCUGCGCUGCGGUGCAGGAGGACACACUGCGAGUGGUUCUGGACCGGAGAGUUGACCGCGCCGCUAACACGGGAGACUUUCAGCUUAUAUAUAGGCAGGCAGCAGUAGAAGUCCCUCAGUACUUAGGAAUGAACCUAGUCGUUGAGGGCUUCACCGUUAAAAACCUUUGCCCUCUUCCUCCGCUGAGGUCUUCUUAUCAGUCAGCUUCAAAGCGGUUGGGUCCAGUCAAAGAAAAGGUGUCUACGUCGGAGAAAGUUCAGCCUUUGCCAAGGAUGUUUCUGAAGAGAGUGGAGAGCAAGAUCAGGAGCAGCGAAGCAUUGCUAUCUGCAGCUCUUCUCCCCGAACCAUCUUUGGCGAAACCAGUGAAAAGCCUCACAAUGCAUCUGCCAAAGACUUUUCCUCCUGUUGGGAGAGGCUCUCAUUCUGGGCAGCUGUGGAAGAGACGUGCAGAAGGAUCAAAUGUUCAACCACAGAUAGCAGAGAAACAACAAGGUUCUUUGCCCCAGGAGAUGAUUGCACCCAAACAGCCCAGGAAAGCAGACAGCAGCCCCAAAUCGGUCUAAAAUAUCUUCAAACAAAGGAAUUUUAUACACGUAAAAAGAAAAUAAAAAAAUUCCCUUUGUCGGAAAUUAAGCAUGUUUUUGGGUACUGCUU